AUGAUCAUUCAGAACGCUUCUCAGCAACCAAACGCGAGCUCAGAAAGUAAGGUCACUCAAGAAUCAGUAACAAAUCGCCACGCCGAAAUCACGUCUCAGUGCGAACAAUGCAUGAAAAUCACGCAAGAAACUGAAAACCAGCUUCAAAAAGUCUGCCGGCUUCAAGAAUACAUGAUGAUUACCAGAAGCCAUUUGGAAGUCUACUCAAAACUGGCGGAGAGCGGUCAAUUGAGUCAGGAACAGAGGCAGCAGUGGCAAUCGGAAGCUGCGAAGCAUCAAGAAUAUGAAAACAACCUGGUUACGCUCAGAAAAGAGAUCAUCAAAAAUCAUGAGAAAAUUAUCAAUAUCAUGCAAGAACUCCAUGGACAGGUCGUGUACACAGAAACCCGAAGUCUCGAGCGAUCUCAAGCCGCUGCGUACAACGGAGCUCCUCAAUAUUCGACUCUAGAACAGCUAGAACAAUGGUACCAGAGCCUCGCCACGAUCAUCUGGAAGAGUCUCCGCCAACUCGUCCAUCUUGAAGGGCAGCCAAUUCCAAUCAGAGACGGUCAGAACCCCCUUCCAAACAUGAAAUCGUCCUACGUCUCGUUCCUCGGCUCCCUGGUCGAGCGAGGGCUCGUCAUCGAAAAACAGCCCCCUCAAGUGUUGAUGAAAGACAAACGAUUUGUUGGAACGCUGAGGCAUCUCGUUGGCGACAAAUUGGAUAUUCACAAAGUCGCUUUCCAAGUUCGAGCUCAUCUCGUUUCGGACGAAAAUGCCAGAAGAAUUCUCGCCAAGGGCGAAUUCAUCGGUUCGGGCAAAAUCGUCAAUCAUACAGUGAUGACCGAGUACCACGAGCACUCUAGAAUCCUCCAAGCCAACUUCCGAAACAUGACUCUUCGCGAUAAAGGACGAGGAGAUCGUCGAGGAACAGAAUCCGUCGCUGAGGAAAAAUUUGCGAUUGUUUUCCAAGCUGAUAUUGUUGUCAGGUCACCGGCUUGCGAAUUUACAGUGACGGCGCAGACGCUUUCGCUGCCUGUUGUUGUCAUUUCUCAUGGAAAACAAGAAGCAAAUGCUGCGGCGACGAUUUUCUGGGACAAUGCGUUUUCUGAAGAUCAACGAGUUCCCUACCAAGUCCCAGAACGAGUCUCCUGGGGCCGUUUUAUGGAAGCCGUCGAUUUCAAAUGGCAAUCUGAAUGCCGCACAAAAGUUGGCCUCAAGCAGCGAGCUAGAGAUUACCUCGCUUCGAAGAUCUUUGGAAGAGCGGUGCCAGAUGGUCAGGAUUUUUGCUGGAGGCAGCUGAACAGGGACAAUAUUCCGGGGCAUAACUUUACUUUCUGGCAGUGGCUCUAUUCUGUUCUUGAAUUGACAAAGUCGCGAUACAUUCAACCUCACUGGAAUCAAACGACCAUCGAAGGCUUCAUCUCAAAAUCAGAAUGCCAGAGCCUCCUUCUUUCAAAGGGCCCUGGAACAUUUAUGCUUCGGUUCUCAGAUUCCAAGCUCGGUGGAAUUUCGACCGCGUAUGUGGCGAAAAAUGACGAUGGAAGCAUUGAAGUCAAGCAUCUUGAGCCGGAUUCCUUGAAAAUUCUACAGGUGCGAAGUCUAGCAGACAUGGUCAAAGACUUCUCCCAACUGGUGAAACUCUUCCCAGAUCGACCAAAACACGAUGCCUUUUCGAAAUUCUACACUUCGAAGCCGGUCCAAGAUGGCCCCUACGUCAAGAAAACGCUCGUUGCUCAUAUUGAAGAAAGUUAA